UCCUCCUCCUCCACCAACCGCGGGAAGCUCCGGGGGACCUCACGUGUAGCCGAGCCCAGCCCCUUCCCUCCGCUCCCCGCCCUCUGCCUCCGGAGCCCUCACGCGGCUACCUUCUCCGCCCGCCGAGAUGGCGCUCGACCCCGCAGGGCAGCAUCUCAGACAUGUUGAAAAAGAUGUUUUGAUCCCUAAAAUAAUGAGAGAAAAGGCCAGAGAGAGGUGUUCUGAACAAGUUCAAGAUUUUACCAAAUGUUGCAAAGAUUCUGGAUUCCUUAUGGUAGUAAAGUGCCGGAAAGAAAAUUCUGCAUUGAAAGAAUGUCUAACUGCUUACUAUAAUAAUCCAGACUUUUAUGAAGAAUGCAAAAUGGAAUACCUGAAGGAAAGGGAAGAAUUCAGAAAAACCGGAAUUCCUACCAAGAAAAGGCUACAGAAGCUUCCCACAAGCAUGUAGGCAAAUACUCAAAUGAUGCUCUAACAUUAUUCAUGGAAGUCAUUUCAGGAAAUCACCUGAAAUAGUGGGCUCACGAUAAGAAUGUGUUUGCUUUAUCUUCAUUAUGGAAAUAUUAAUUUUACCUGAAAUAAAGAUCUUUUUUUUUUUUAUUUCAAAGUUCUUUAUCAGAAGGAAUAGAUAGUCAUACAUUCUGAAAUGGGAUAAUUUUCCUGAUCAUUCUGGAUUUUUAAAGUUUUUCUAGAACUAUGGUUCUGUAACAGUGAUGAUAAUUCUUAAGAGUUCCAUAUGGAUCUUAUAUUACCUUCUUCCAGUGUUUAGGCAAAUGGCUAAUUAUGGGGACAAAAAAUAAAAGUAGGAAUGGACAACCUUCAAAGAUGUUAAUAAUAACUAGAACCAGAAUCCUUCCAGGCUCUACCAUUUAUUAGUUAUGCAACUGUGGAAGUAAAUCUCACAGUUAUUGUGAGGAUUUAUUGAGUAUUACAGGUAUGUGUACAGUAUAUAUAGGACAGUGUCUCAGACAUGGCAAAUGCUCUUUAAUUGGUAGUUGUUGUUAGUAGUGAAGGCUUAUUUGGAAACAUAGAUAGGGAGAUGAGUACUUGAAUUAAUUUUAAUUACAUCUUUGAUGGAAAAUGUUCUAAAAGGUAUUAUGUUCCUUGACCUGUUAACUUGGCUACUGAAAAUCUUUCAUUUUAAAAAGUCAUUAUUAUAAGUAUGAAUUACCGUUUGUGUAACAUAGUAAUGGACUCAGGAGAUAGUAUGAAAAAUUUAUGUCCCAGUGCAAUUAUUUGGUCCCAGGUUGAGCUUCUGUAUUAAAACUUGUUCUUUUCUUCCCCAUGAACUGUCAACUCUUUACCACUGCCACUGUAACCAAUUUCCAGUUAAGUCAACUUUACGUAUAUUUUCAGUCCUCAUUAAAAUCACAAACAGAAAUUACAACCCAGUAAGAUUUAACUUUGGCCCCAAUCCCAUGAAAUAGAUCUGAGAGUUUUUAUUUUUUUUAAAUGACUUAGUAAAAUUAAGUCAAAUAAGACACUAAAGAAUCAGUGGAUGUUCAAGUUCCACACUUUACUCGAGCGAGCCACUCAAAGAACUAUUUUACUCUUAUUUGAAAUGCAAAGAAACCACAUUUUCCCAGGCCACAGAUCAAAAGGAGGGAGAUUACUAGAACAGACAAAAGCAAAGCAAAUAAAGAAAUCCAGAGACCACACAGCAUAGGGGCAAACAAGCCUAUAUUCCUGUUGGCCUUUUGGUUUUGGUGCAUUUCCUAGAGCACAGGACCUUAAUUCUUGUUUUUAAUGAUGGUUCAAAUGAAGAAAGGCAAAACAGUUACUUUAAGAAGCUGGUGAAAUCAUCUGACCAUUAUAUAAUUUUGAUUGAAAUCAAAGCAGACUUCAAUUUUAAGUGGAAAGUUCAGUUACAUAGAUGUCACUUUCCCCAUAGGUGCUAGGCAAAUUAAAUAGUAUAAAUAAUGGGUUUGUCCCUCUUUAUCAUAUCAAAACUAAACGAUUAUAGCAUCCAGAACAUGCAUGCGUGUCCACACACAGCUGCCUCAGUUGUGUCUUGCUUGCUCAUUGGUGCCUCUGCUUAUGUUAUUCCUUGUUCAUAAGUGACAAUCCAUGGGUUGUUUUUUUUAACCCCUCAAGAUUUACCUUCUCCAAGAAGCCUUUCUGGAUAAGAUUAUUACUUUGUUGUCACAUGAUUAAGUCUGAAUUUCCCCCCUAUCUAUUUUGGUUUCCUAAUGUUUCACAUAAGUAUGUUCCUGUUCUACUUAUGAAUUCAGUUCCAUUUUGGCAGCAACUCAAUUAAAAAAAUCUUCCUUUUAGAGAUGUAAAUUUUACUGUGAUAAGGGAUCAAGAGGAAAGAAUGUGUGUUGUUUUCUGUGUUCUCUUUAUUCUGUUCAGUUAUGGAUGUGCUGAAUUGGGUUAUCUUAUAAAAAUUAAAGAUUAAAGAAAAUUUCAAAAGAAGCUA